AUGGACAAACUCAGGGAGAGCAAGCCCCGGGUGAAGACACCCCUUUCACCCUCCAAAUGUGCAGACUCUCCGGCUCAGAGGACAGAUGUCCCCCGCCCAUCUCCUCUGCCCGCCCCGAGGACCAAGGGACCCAGGGCCCAGGAGGAGGAGGAGGAGGAGGAAGAGGAGGACAAAUAUGAGCUGCCUCCCUGUGCGGCUCUGCCCGUGAAUCUAGCCCCUGCCCACCUUCCUGGCACCGAGGAGGAGCCUUUGUACCUGGAUCACUCAGGCCCCCACGGCCCAUCCGAGUCUCUGCCGCCACCGCAGCCCCAGCCCCAGGCUCUGCCCCAGCCCGCGAUGGUGAACAGCCUCCCUCAGUCCCUCCUUCCCGCCCGCCUGCCCCACCGCCCCAUCCCAGGCUCCCAUUUCCCACUGAUGGCAGCCCUGAGCCUGCGGGAGGCCAUGAUGCUGGGCCAAGCCUCUGGGAGGCGAGAACUGAGCGCACCAGCCCCGGAGGUGCCCGGCUCCGCGCAGCCCUGUGAGGAGGACCUCUACCUGGAGUGUGAGCCCAGUCCCGUCCCUGCCCGGCCUCAGGCUCUGAGCUCCCAAGCCCUGAUGCCCCCAGCCCCUCUGCCAAGGAUAUCGGCAGUGCUCAGGCCCCCCACGGCCCCCCAGGAAGCUCAGGGUGGAGCAGUGAACGCCACCUCCAAAGCCCAGCCCUGCAAUCUGCUCCCAGCAGGAAGGAGCUCCUCUCUUGCCCCCGCAGCCCCCACCGGAAGAAGCUCCGCUGCAGAGGACGGCAGCCUGCUGGGUCAGCCGUGGUACUCGGAGAACUGUGACCGUCAUGCUGUCGAGAGUGCCCUGCUCCGAUGCCAAAAGGACGGGGCCUACACCGUGCGCCCCAGCUCGGGGCCUCGCAGCUCGCAGCCCCUCACCCUGGCGGUGCUGCUCCACGGCCGGGUCUUCAACAUCCCCAUCCGGCGGCUGGAUGGCGGGCACUACUACGCCCUGGGCCGGGAGGGCAGGAGCCACGAGGAGCGCUUCUCCUCCGUGGCGGCCAUGGUCCAGCACUACAUGCAGCAGCCCCUGCCCCUCGUGGACAGACACAGUGGCAGCCGGCAACUCACCUGUCUGCUCUUCCCCACCAAGCCCUGA